CUGCUGCACGCGGGCGCGGCGGCGGCGCUGGCGGCGGCGCCGGGCGCGCGGGAGCUGUACUGGCUGGAGCCGCGCGGCGCCGAGCUGUGGCGCGCGCCCUACGCGGGCCCGGCGCAGCUGCUGGCGCGGCUGCCGGCGCAGCGCCACCACCCCGUGGCGCUGACGCUGCACCGAGACACGCUCUACUGGCUGGACACCGCGGCGCACCGCGGCAGCGUGCUGGCGGCGCCGCGCGACAACGUGACGCAGUACCGCGUGCUGCGCGACAACCUCGGCGACUCGCUCAAGGACCUCAAGGUGUGGUCCCGCGCGGCCCAGACGCCGCCGCCGGGCGCCGCCUGCGCCGACCAGUGCGCCGCGCUGUGCCUGUGGGACGGCGCGCGCCCGCGCUGCGUGUGUCCGCACGGCCGCCUGGCGCCCGACCAGCGCACCUGCACGCCGUACGAGUCGUUCCUGAUGUACUCGCGCGUCACCGAGAUCGACACCAUCCACCUGCUGGACGAGAAGGACCUGAACUCGCCCUACGAGCCCAUCCAGGACAAGGAGCUGAUGCGGAACGCGAUCAGCCUGGCGUACUGGUACGCGGAGUCGCGGCUCUUCUACUCGGACAUCCAGCGCGGCUCCAUCAACACCGUGCUCUUCAACGGCUCCGCGCACCACGUGCUGCUCGAGCAGACGGGCGCCGUGGAGGGCAUGGUGUUCGCGGCCGACCACGCCACGCUGUACUGGACCAGCACGGGCGCCGCCGUGCGAGCAGCCCACGUGCCCGCGCUGCUGGCGGGCGAGCCCGGCGCCGGCGCGCGCACCGUGCUGCGCCUGGCGCGAGGCUCGCGGCCGCGCGGCGUGGACUACGAGCCCUGCGAGCGCCGCCUCUACUGGACCAACUGGAACGAGUCGCAGCCCUCCAUCCAGCGCGCGCGCGCCAGCGGCCGCCAGCUGCAGACGCUGGUGGCCACGCACAUCCUCAUGCCCAACGGCCUGGCGCUCGACCACGACGCCAAGAAGCUGUACUGGGCCGACGCGCGCCUCGACAAGAUCGAGCGCAUGGACUACGACGGCUCCCGGCGCCGCGUGGUCACGCGCGCGCACACCGACCACCCCUUCGACCUGGCCGUGGCCGGGCCCUGGCUCUACUGGACCGACUGGCUGGCGCACGGCGUGUUCCGCGCCGACAAGCUGGCGGGCGGCGCCACCCCGCUGCGCCGCGACGUGCCGCGCCCCAUGGCCAUCGUGGCCGUGGCGCCGCAGCACCAGACCUGCUCGGCCGACCCCUGCGCCACGCUCAACGGCGGCUGCGCGGAGCUGUGCUCGCUGGACGCGGCGGGCGCGGCGCUGUGCAGCUGCGGCGCGGGGCGCGUGCUGCAGGCGGACGGGCGCGCGUGCGGCGCGGCGGCGGCCGCCUGCCCCGCCGGCCAGUGGGCCUGCGCGGACGGCGCCUGCAUCCCCGAGGAGCUGGUGUGCGACGGCGUGCCGCACUGCGGCGACAGCGCCAGCGACGAGGACCUCUACUACUGCACGUCGCGCGCCUGCGGGCCCGGCACGCUGCGCUGCGGGCUGGGCGGGCGCUGCGUGGCGGCGGCGCGCGCCUGCGACGGCCGCGCUGACUGCGACGACGGCGCCGACGAGGCGGGCUGCGACUGCCCGCCCGAGAACUACCGCUGUGACGACGGCGCCUGCGUGCUGGUCGCCGCCCGCUGCGACGGUGUGCAGAACUGCGCCGACGGCUCCGACGAGCGCGACUGCCCCGCCUGCAUGGGCAGCGAGUGCGCUGCGCCCACCGAGUCGAACGCGAUAAGCAGCAGCACCGAGGCGAGCAGCGAGGCCAGCACGGCGGCGGCGGCGACGUGCGGCGGCGCGCAGUUCACGUGCGGCAGCGGCGAGUGCGUGCCGCUGGCGUGGCGCUGCGACGGGCGCGCGGACUGCGGCGACGCGUCGGACGAGCGCGGCCCGUGCCGGCACGGCAACGCGUCGUGCUCGGCGGAGCAGUUCGCGUGCGGCGCGUGGCCGGUGUGCGUGCCGCGGGGCGCGCGCUGCGACGGCGCGGCGGACUGCCCGCGCGGGGAGGACGAGGCGGGCUGCGAGUGCGCGGCGGCGCGGCGCGCUGCGCGGACUCGGGGCGCUGCGUGGCGGCGGCGCAGGUCUGCGACGGCGCGGCGGACUGCGCGGACGCGUCGGACGAGGCGGGCUGCGCGGGCGCGGCGCAGUGCGGCGCGGGCGCGCUGGGCUGCGCGGGGCGCUGCGUGCCGCGCGAGCUGCAGUGCGACGGCCGCGACCACUGCCAGGACGGCGGCGGCGGCGGCGCCGGCUCCGACGAGGAUCCGCUGCUGUGCGCGGGCUGGGCGCGGUCGGUGGGCGGCGCGUGGGGCGGCGCGGCGUGCGCGCGGGGCUCGUGGGCGUGCCGCGGCGGCGCCUGCGUGCCGCGCGCCGCGCUGUGCGACGGCGCCGACGACUGCGGCGACUACUCCGACGAGACGCACUGCAACGUGGCGGAGUGCUUGUUCGAGAACGGUCAGUGCGCGCACAACUGCUCGGAGCUGGCGGUGGGGCGCGCGUGCUGGUGCCGCGCGGGCUGGCGCCUGGCGGGCGACGCGCGCGCCUGCGCCGACGUGGACGAGUGCGCCGAGGACGCACCCUGCGACCACGCGUGCGCCAACACGCGCGGCUCCUACCGCUGCUCCUGCGCGCCCGGCUACAGGCUGAUGCCCGACCGCGCCACCUGCACGCCCGACACCGAGGAGCGCGCGAGCUUGAUCUUCACGAACCGCUACUACAUCCGGCGCGUGGAGCUGCGCGAGCCGCCGGCGCCGGGCGCGCUGCUGGUGCACGAGCUCAGCAACGCCGUGGCGCUGGACAUGCACUGGGCGGCCGGCUGCC